AUGAUUGUUGGAGCCAUUGGUCAAUCCCAGACUGAGUCAGAUCUGUGUGGUGUUCUUCUGACCUCACUGACAUCAGUCUGGGCCCAGGAUGAGUGCUUCCUCCCACCUUCCCUGGAGGUGGACUGUGAGUGGACCGUUGAUAAACCCCCACAGUGGACCGUUGAUAAACCCCCACAGUGGACCGUUGAUAAACCCCCACAGUGGAUCUUUGAUAAACCCCCACAGUGGACCGUUGAUAAACCCCCACAGUGGACCGUUGAUAAACCCCCACAGUGGACCGUUGAUAAACCCCCACAGUGGACCGUUGAUAAACCCCCACAGUGGACCGUUGAUAAACCCCCACAGUGGACCGUUGAUAAACCCCCACAGUGGACCGUUGAUAAACCCCCACAGUGGACCGUUGAUAAACCCCCACAGUGGACCGUUGAUAAACCCCCACAGUGGACCGUUGAUAAACCACCACAGUGGACCGUUGAUAAACCCCCACAGUGGACCGUUGAUAAACCCCCACAGUGGACCGUUGAUAAACCCACACAGUGGACCGUUGAUAAACCCCCACAGUGGACCGUUGAUAAACCCCCACAGUGGACCGUUGAUAAACCCCCACAGUGGACUGUUGAUAAACCCCCACAGUGGACCGUUGAUAAACCCCCACAGUGGACCGUUGAUAAACCCCACAGUGGACCGUUGAUAAACCCCCACAGUGGACCGUUGAUAAACCCCCACAGUGGACCGUUGAUAAACCCCCACAGUGGACCGUUGAUAAACCCCCACAGUGGACCGUUGAUAAACCCCACAGUGGACUGUUGA